AUGUCGCUCAAAGAGAGAAUCUCUUCGCCUUUGGAGGCUGGCACCUCCAUCUUGGACGCUCACCACCUGCCGCCUCAUCUCGCGCCGGCCCUCGAGUACGCAUCAGCCCGUCUAGCUCGCAAGUCUCAGCACAUUACCCUCGUCGUGGCCCGUCGAGACUAUCAGCUACCAUCUGUGGUGCCGCCGAGGGGCCUCAUCACCCCGACGACCCCGACACCGCUGUCUCCCAGCUUCCGCUUCAACUUUGGAAAUGGACCCAUGUCGAAGCUCAAGUCGUUGGUGCUGGCCAGUUCGUAUAAUGGACCUACCCCGGCACGGUCGAUGGACUCGCCACGAAGUGGAAUAUCUUCGCCUGGCUUUGCUCCUCCACCGGAUAUGCCGAGUUCGCGGUUCAGAUGGCCUCUCUCACCCACCACACCUCUAUCGCCUCCUCCCAUGACGCCCGGUACUGCCUCGUCGACUACCACUGACACCAUGAGCUCCAUCAUGUCGUCGUCAGGUUUUGGCAUGCGUCUUAUCCAUACGAAUGAACUCCAUCCUCGGUCCGAGAAGAUCCUUAACCAAACACUUGAAAAGACGGAGAAGAAGUUCCGUGUUGGUUCUGAGUGGCUUUCACCAGCAGUCAGGCCUUCCUCCUGCGGACUCACCAACCAACUCAUCCAUAGCUCCAUCAUCCAGAACGAGGUUCUCUUCUCCUCCGAGGGCCUGACCUUACUCUCGCUCGAUCGGCUGUUUAGCCUCAAGAGCGCACUAUCCAGUUACUCCAAGACGAAAUCUCACCUGCGCCUCGAAGACGCCGUUGACGAACUCCGCCGCACAAUCCUAGCCACCGGGUCAAAAGUCUCCAAAACUGCCGUUCUCCGAUCAUAUGACUGGCUGAGUGUGUCAAACUCUGCCCUUGUUGACUUGGAACGCAUGUAUCGGCGUGCGUACGGCGGACCGGAGCAACUUGGCGGCAUCGAAGGCUUGUCAGGAUUCACCGAGCCAGCCAUCAAGGCGAUCAGCGAUUUUGAAGAGAGUGAUAGCGAUUCCGAGAUCGAGGAAGACAUGAUUGGACUUGCCAUCACCAAGGAGAAAACACCUUCACCAAAGCCCCAGCUGAAACUGCUGACCAGCUUUGAAACCAAGAAACCAGAAGUCCCCGUCGUCAAAGUCGAAGGGGAGGAGGAGGAUGAAGAACGAACGGCACGACCGACUGACAGGCUCUAUUUCUCGAUGCAGCCGUGGGAGGGCUCAACCAUUGACCAGGUCCUCAGCGCAGCUCCUGUAAAUAAGAGCGCCUUCAGUCCUCUCACACCGACCCCUAUACUCACGAGCCCGGCGUCGGCAAAGUUUGGGCCCAUGACGCCCAACGGAUAUGAAGAUAUUUCGCCCAUAACACGAGGAGAAUGGGGAUUCAUGAUGGCAGAUAAUGCCUUCCAGAGCGGCCGAAAGGUUGGAGUGGAAACAUUCUGA